AUGGUGCGUAAGCUGCAGGACGGCAUGAUGGCGCGAGUCACGGACAACAGAGCUGUAUCAGAGGCAUUCGCAGUGACCAUCGGAGUAAAGCAGGGAUGCGUGCUGGCGCCUACCCUCUUCAGUCUUAUGUUAUCUGCCAUGUUGAUGGACGCCUACCGUGAUGAACGGCAGGGAAUCCGCAUCGCCUACAGGACGGACGGUCACCUCCUGAAUCAACGACGGAUGCACUUCCAAUCACGCGUAUCCACACCCAUCGCUCACGAACUUUUCUUCGCCGACGACUGCGCCCUGAAAACCACCUCGGAAGAGGCGAUGCAACGGAGCAUGGACCUCUUCUCUGCCGCCUGCGAGAACUUCGGUCUGGUCAUUAACACGCAGAAGACGGUUGUGAUACACCAACCGCCACCCAAAUCAGCCACAGCCCCUAAUGCGCCGCAAAGCAGCGUGAACGGAACUCAAAUGCAAGUGGUGUAUAACUUCCCGUACCUGGGCAGUACUCUCAUCCGCAACACCAAAAUCGAUGACGAAGUCGCCAACAGGAUCUCAAAAGCUAGCCAAGACUUCGGCCGACUCCAAAGCAUAGUUUGGAAUCGUCAUGCUCUGCAACUGAGCACGAAGCUGAAGAUGUACAAGGCCGGUAUCCUGCUGACGCUGCUGUACGGAGCAGAGACUUGCACAGUAUACACAAAGCAGACACGCUGA